UGACGUUAUUGAAUCUAUUAUUUCCCUUCAGUAUUGGAGGAAGUAGAGGUGGCUGCUAUGGUGACGGUACACUAAUACAGGAGAUAGAACGUGUACAAGCUUUGCAAUCAAAUCAGCUCUAUUCACAAAAGCAAUCUGCGAAAAUUGAGUAAAUCAUGAUUCAUAACGCAACAGGGACGCGUCGUCCGCUUGAAUGGAAGCUCGUGACGUAAGCAUCAGUGCGCGAACUUGUUUCACAGCGGAAUGGAUACGCGCGUUGCCUCUUUGCAGAGGAAUAUUGACUUCUUACAAAAACAGCACAGAGAAACACUUGAGAAAUUACACGGCGAGAUAGAUUGCCUAAAACGGGAAAAUAAAGAGUUGCAGUAUAAGCUGAUAAUGGAGCCUCCAAAUUCAAGCCGUAAAGGAGGCAGCUGUAAAAUCCAUAAAUGUCACAUUGAGAGCAACAAGUUCCAGAGAGACCGAAGGAAUUAUCUGGAACAAACUCUGGAUGACACCAGCUCAUCACAAAUCACAGAGAUCAGAGAAACUCGAUCAAAUACUUCAGGGAUGCUGAACAGGAGGUCAGUAGAAGGUUCUACAGAAGCCAAAGCAGGGUUCAUCACUUCUCUCCAGCCUCUAAUGAUCCAGUGUAGUCCAUCUCAGGCUCCUCGAGCUCCCAGCCUACAGGAGUGUGAGAUCAUCAUACGGCAGCUGUAUAAUGCUAACAGCCUACAGUCCCAGGAGAUUUUACGUGUGAAGGCUGUUCUCAAAGAAAUAGUUUUCAACAAGAAAAUCACUGCAGAGAAUUACAUUUUGACCAAGGCUUACCUUGCUGAUGGUAAAAGAGCUGAAGAUUCAGAGACACUUCCACAGCUUUCUCUCCAGACAUUGCCCAAAGGACUCCCUGUGUCUCAGGCCAGUAAAGCAGAGAAAGUGAUCCUCCCAGCCCUCAAACAGACCCUCAACAACAACAUAGCCGACAGACACCGGAGGACUCAGGCUGUGCAGAGACGCCGACUGCAGAGAACCAUUCGCUAA